AUGACAACAAUUUCAAUCAAAAUCAAACACGGAACAGAUCAGAUAGAAGUUGUUGAAAUCGACCCCAAUGCCACAGUGAAGGAAUUAAAGGAAAAACUUGCUCCAAAGUUUACCGCAGAAAUCUCUUAGAUGAAGAUUAUAUUUUAAGGUAAAAUUCUUAAAGACAUCGAUGUUCUCUAAAAUGUGAAUGUAAAGACUGAUUCAACAAUGCAUCUAGUUGUUACAAAAUGUAUAUAAUUCAUUAACAAAUAGAAUAAGCCUAAUAACCACCUUAAUAAUAACCCCCAGGUCCAUAAUAAUAAUAACCCUAAUAACCUUUAGGAGGAUAAUAAGGUGGAUUUCCAGGUUUUGGAGGACUAGGAGGUGCUCCUGGAAUGGGAGGCAUGGGAGGCCUCGGCGGAAUGGGAGGCCUUGGAGGAAUGGGCGGACUUGGAGGAAUCGGUGGUCUUGGAGGAAUGGGUGGACUCGGAGGAAUGGAUCCAUAGAUGAUGGCCUAAGUCUUAUCCAAUCCUACGUACUAGUAAUAAAUGACAUAAGUAUUUAAAUUCUGUUCAUUAUUUAGAUGAUGUAAAAUCCACAAUUUAGAUAACAAAUCAUGCAACAUCCAAUGAUUGCUUAAAUGAUGUAGUCUAAUCCACAACUUUAAUAAAUAUUUGAUAAUCCUUAACUUUUGUAAAUGAUGAUGAAUCCUCAAGCAAUUUAAAUGGCUCUAUCAGGAAUGGGCGGAAUGGGAGGCUUUGGUGGAAUGGGAGGUUUUGGCGGUAUGGGAGGAUACGGCGGAGUUGGAGAGAAUCCUAUUCCUCCUAACCCUAAUAAUGCAUAAGUACCACCUCCUGUCUAAGCUACAACUGGUUAAAAUGCAUAAAAUCCCUUAGGAGGUUUCGAUUUACAAAGUCUAAUGAGCAUGAUGGGAGGUACCUUUAUUAAAUAAAUUAAAUAGGAGGCAUCGGAGGCGUUGGCGGUGCCUAAUUAACACCUGAAGCUGCAGAGUAGAAAUAUGCAACUUAAUUAUAAUAACUACAAGAACUAGGAUUUACUAACAAAUAAGUGAAUUUAGAGGCUUUGAUUGCCACUGGGGGAAAUGUAGAAGCUGCAGUUGAUAGAAUCUUAAAUAUGAUCGGACAAUGAUAUAUUAUUAUUAGAC